AUGUUGGCGUUAACUCCUGGGUCCUUGGACAGUGGAGAUACGGCUGCAGCUCCACAGACGUUCCCGGCAAAGGGUUCAGCUGGUGAGUCUUCUUCUGCUCAUCGUUAUGGUGAUCUAUUAGAAGGUCUUAAGACCUUUCUGGAGAAUUGGAGUACAGGGCAGAAUCAGCCAGGUAGUUUUGGGCAAGUCUGGCAGCCAAGUUCCAGGGGUUCAGGUGCAGGGGCUCCGCGGUUGUCACAGUUAGUAGUGGGAGGUUCAGAAGUCAUGGCUGGGGCAUCGACGCUGGUGUGUACAGACGUUGGUGAUGAACGCGUCGAACUGGCAGGUAGCGUCCCGGAUGCUGCGCGGCAAAAUGUACACGUAUCUUUUGCCGGGCCGCCCCGGUUGUCAUUUAAAACCUGGAAUUAAAGGAAAAAAUCUGGAAAGGUGAGUUCCUGGAAAUCUAUGCACUUUUCCCAUUGGAGGAAUACAUCAAUUUAAAGGAAGAGGAUAAAAAAGACGCAAAGAAGGAGGAGGAAUUGAAAAGGCGGAAGUAUCGCAAGUUACCAAAGUCUUCUGGUAAUUGGUUGUGGGCAUUCUGCAUUUUAGCCAGUGUGCUAGGUGAAAAAUAUCCGGAGAGGUGCUCUCAACUUUUUUGUUAUUUGGAUGGCAUAUGGGAGGCAUAUAGGACGUAUGGAGGUUUAGCUUGGUGGCGCUACGAUGAGCAGUUUCAUCAGCGUCUCUCUGCUAACCCUGGCAUGCGGUGGGACCAAAUGGACCUGGCUUUAUGGAUCAAGCUCAUGAUUGUGCAAAAACUCUUUCAGUCUGGGGCCGGCGCGGGUUCAACCUCCACCUCGUCAACCUUGCACAAGAAAGGUUUAUGUCUGCCCCAUCUACUUCCACUGGGAUCAACACCGGUGAGGGUCGGCGCAAUGCUGCCGUGGCUAAACCUCUAUGUUAACUAGGCAGAUGCGGCGCUACUGCUGGAUGGCUUUACGCACGGAUUCGUCAUUCCUUUUCAGGAUCUGAGUCUGGAGCGCCAGUUCCAUAAUCUAAAAUCGGUUGCGGAAUUUCCAAAGGUGGUAAGGGUUAAAUUAAUUAAGGAGGUCCAAUUGGGAAGGAUUGCAGGACCCUUCGAUGACCCCUCUAUGCCUGAACUUCGUGUUUCUCCUUUAGGAGUUGUGCCAAAGGAGGAGCCAGGGAAGUACCGUCUUAUAAAUCAUCUUUCAUACCCGAAAGUGUCGUAAGUUAAUGACGACAUUGACGUGGACUUAUGCUCGGUGUUUUAUACAUCAUUUGACAAUGCUGUCGAGUUGGUUAGGCAUGCAGGGCGUGGGGCGUUAAUGACUAAAGCUGACGUGGAAUCAGCUUUUCGCCUGUUACCAAUUCAUCCCGAGUGUCGCCAUCUUCUUGGCUGUUACUUUGAGGGUAAUUACUUUGUUGACCUUUGUUUGCCCAUGGGAUGCUCCAUCUCAUGAGCUGAUUUUGAAAAAAUGUAGUACUUUCCUGGAAUGAGUGGUCAAAGUAGAAACAGGUAGCAUGUUCAUGGUUCAUUAUCUGGAUGAUUUCCUUUGUGUCGGUCCCGCCGGUUCGGAUGUCUGUCGCAUAGGGUUGACACUGGUUUGGGUUGACCAUGUAUUUGGAGUCCCUUUGGUGGCUGACAAAACGGUGGGACCGACCUAGUGUCUCAGUUUUUUGGGUCUUGAAAUUGAUUCGGUAGCAGGGGAAUGUUGUUGGCCGGAUGAAUGUUGUUUGCCGGAGGAUAAGUUGGUGCACCAGGCCGUUUGGUGAAGUUCGGGCAGCGCGUAAAGUGACGCCAAGAACACUGCAAUCCUUACUCGGAUGUCUGAAUUUUGCUUGCCGAAUCGUACCGGUGGGGAGAAUUUUUAAAAGGAUUUUGGCAAAGGUGUCGGGAGGGAUUAGUUCUCCUCAUCAUUUUAUUAGAGUUACUGUGUCAAUGAAGGAGGAUUUAGUAGUUUGGGAUAUGUUUCUUCGGGAAUUUAAUGGCCGGGUCUUUUUUCGGAAUUUACCGGGCCAUUCUCAGGAGUUGGAACUCUUUAUGGAUGCUUCGAGGAGUGUGGGUUUUAGGGCAUAUUUUGUGGGUCAAUGGUGUGCGGAACCGUGGCCUCAGGAUUGGAAAUCGAAUCCCAUCAUUCGUAUUCUGGCAUUCUUGAGACUUUUUCCCUUAGUAGUUGCGUUGGCUUUAUGGAGACCCAUGUUGAGGGAUAAGAAAGUUAUCUUCUUGGACGUCUGAUCAAGGAAUCAUUGGCUCCAAGUAUUUGGACGGCGUAUGUUAAGGUUUGGAGGGCUUGGGAUUAAGUGUGUGUAUGUGCAGGUGGACAACACUCCGUGGAGAUACGGUCGGAUACGCUGUUGUGCUAUUUGUGCAGAUUGGUUUCUAACAGGGCUUCUGCUUCUGUGGUCAACAGGCAUAUGUCAGCCCUAGCAUUUGUUCAAGCUGAAUGGGUGGGAAGAUAUCACAAAUUAUUUUUUAGUUUGUCAAGCUUUAAAGGGUUUUCGGAGAGGUCGGAGAACACCGGAUACCAGGAGGCCGGUGUCGAUUGAAAUUCUGCAAAAUUUGCUAGAGGUGCUUCCUGGUCUCUGUUUCUCCCACCAUGAAGUGCUGUUAUUUACGCUUGCAUUUGUUUUGGUGUUCUUUGGGGCAUUUCGGGUAAGUGAGUUGGUGAAUGGUAGUCGUGCUGGUGGGGGGGGCAUUAAAUUGGAGGAUGUUGAGUUGAAGCAUGAUCGCAUUGUCAUCAAUCUGCGGUGGUUGAAAACAGAUGUUUUCGGUAAGGGGUGCAUGGUUACUUUUUAUUUAUUACAAGGAUCGACAGUGUGUCCGCCUAUUUACAAGCUCAGCCUAGGAUUCAGGGUUCUUUUCUGAUACAUGAUGAUGGGUCAUCUUUAUCGAAAUACCAGUUUUUUACGGGUCUUUUGUUUUGGCCUAGGCCAUUUGGGGUUGGAUCCAUUACAGUUUGGCACGCAUUCCUUUAGGAUUGGGGCUGCAAAGGAAGCAGCACAGUUGGGCAUAGAGGAUGAAUUGGUAGGACAGAUUGGACAUUGGGAGUCUGUGAGGUUCUGGUCAUAUGUGAGAUUAGACCAUUUGAAGUAAAUAAUUACAAUUAAUAAACAAUACAAAAAAUACAAUGUGGUUGUUCCGUGUUGGUAACAUGUUUCCUUUCUUUCGUAGGUUGGGUCACCUGGUUGGUGGGCCACUCAUUCAUUCAUUGGGCGCACAAGAGAGCCGCAGUUAGACAUCAGCUGUGCUUUCCACAGUGCUUGGUCCAAUUAUUGUGGUUUGGCAAUAGGGGUUUUGGAUGGAGGGACGUCUGCGCAGAGAUUUUUAGGCGUUUAGGUUCAGGGCAGUCACCGGAUUUUCUGUUGCUACAUGCAGGGGGUAAUGAUUUGGGUCGGGUACCCUAAAGGGAACUAGUGCACUGUAUGAAGCGGGAUAUAGAUAAGUUGAGGGCAAAAGUGCCAGGGGUAAUUUUAAUUUGGUCGGAGAUGGUGCCCCGGUUCCAUUGGCUUCAUGCUAGGGAUCCUGAAAAUUGGGAAUGUUUGGCAAUGACCCAUUUUGGUUUUUAUAUUAUACAUACAUAUACAUAUAUAUAUAUAUAUAUAUAUAUAUAUAUAUAAAUAUAAUUUAUUAAAGCUGUGACAUUUUAUCCACUUUAAAUUGGUGUCCGUGUCUUUUUGGGGGAUUCAAAUGUGAUUGUUUAGGACAUAUGCACAAAAGGACGCAUGUCAUGUCAUUAUGAGCCUUAAUUAAAAUAAUACUACUGCCAUUGUCUCUUACAGAAAUGUCGGAAAGACAUGUCUCGUGAUAAGUUAUGAACGCAAUGCUUUCCCCAGGGAAUAUAUCCCAACUCUGUGAGUAUAUUUUAAAGUGUAUUAUUGGUGGAUUUUGUAUGUAUUCAUUGAGCUAAUAUUCAGUAUGCCAUUGUACACAUUUGUUUAAACUUGGUGGGAGCAUUUAGGUGGAACUGUCACUUCUCUGGAAGCCAACAUUUCUUGUUCCCUCACCAAAACCAACACAAUUCAAGCUCUUACUACAGCUAAUUUUAUAGUGGUUGUAAGUAAAAAAAAUAAUAAAUAAACCAACCUACUGAGUCUGACUUCUGCUGCACUUCUACGUUUAGAGCAACUUUGUCUCCCCAUCUUAUGCUGCAUUCAUGUACGAUAAUAAUUGUGUUAAUGCAUUCCUAGUAAAGUAUGCGUUCACAUCAAGACAGCCAAGACAGCCAGACAGGCCAUAUAAAUCAAAUAAUAAAACAUGUUAAACAUUUCAGAAAACAAAAAUAGCACAUCCUAUAGCUAACAUUUAAUUAGUUUGUCUAUGAAUCUCACCUGUGAAAGUCCCAUGUCUUGUUUUAUGAAUUAAAAAUAACUCAUAACGUAAUCGGGUCAUGUAGUGUAAUUUUAUAUGAUAAUGAGCAGUGACGUACAUACAGCGGUCGCAGGGGUCCGCCACUCCAGGGGGCCCGGCCGCCCUGCGGACCCCUGUGACCGGGUAUCCGCCACCAUCAUCUUCUGUGGACCCGGCCCAUGCGACAAGCCACCGGGGCCGCUGUCCAAGGGGUCCAUCGGGUGGCCCAUGCUGUCAGUGCCACCCGAUGGAUGUGGAUUGUCAGGGGGCCCCCUGUAAUGACAUCACAAGCUGGGAGGAAGUGACCGCACGUCACUCCUCCCAGAUAACACUGAGAGCCAUGCGGGAGGAAGCAGAGGGAGUCAGAGUGGGAACUCUGACUCUCAUCCACCUGAGCCACCACUGGACCCCAGGGAAAGUCACCCUCCUGCACCUUAAAGGUAGGAAACAGGAGGGUGACAAACAUUUUGUGUGUGUUUGUAUGUAUGUGUGUCUGUAUAUAUGUAUGGAUGUAUGUAUGUGUAUGCUUGUCUGUUUGUAUGUAUGUGCAUCUUGUGUGUGUGUCUGUCUGUAUGUGUGUAUGUCUGUCUGUGUGCCUGUCUGUUUGUAUGUCUGUAUGUAUUUGUCUGUGUGCCUGUCUGUAUGUAUUUGUCUGUGUGCCUGUCUGUUUGUAUGUCUGUAUGUAUUUGUCUGUGUGCCUGUCUGUAUGUAUUUGUCUGUGUGCCUGUAUGUGUGUCACGGGUGGCGGUACGGAAACCGGGACCCCUGAGUGCCUGGUGAGAAGUGGGAGUCUUCAGGGUGGUAAUGGACUAUCAGGGCCUUGUGCAGGGUAACCACACGACCUCUGGUGUUGAGCACCAGCAUUUGCGCGGCCACAUACCAGAACCCUGAUGCAGCUACAGCGGAUCCCAGGAACUAGGAGCUUGAUAUGCAGACCUCCCAGGACCUGGAUAGGGGGGCUCUGCAUUAGACAUGUAUCCAGUACAGAAACAAGGCAAGGCUAGAAUAGUCACCAAACAUGAAAACAAGACAGAACUAAUAGAACCCAGAACCAGAGCAGGACAGAAAGCUAAACCCAGAACAUGUACACAAUACAUAAGGGAACAUUACCUAAACAGGGGCAGGACAGGACAGGACUGUACAUGGACUGGGAAUACAAACUAAAACAAGACAUGAGGCAAAACAAGAGGAGACAUAUAUGAAAAGUAUGGGGAUUUAGUUACAUUAUAUGAUCAUACAUUGCAUAAGCCUGCCACAACGCCAAUGUACCCCAUAUUCGGCAGGUCCUACACUGUCUAAUGUUCGCUAAAAGAACAAUACUAAACCACAAUAGCACUUACCUGCAAGAAAGGGCAGAGACUUGAAACACUGCUCCAGACUGAAACAAAAGGAAAAUGGAAAACAAACAGGUGUGGCAACAUAAAACAAACAUAUAAAUGAAUCCAGGGGACUGGGAAUUCCAGGGACGGAUUACAGGAAUGAACCCAGAAAAACACAGCAAAAGGAAAACCAGACAUGGAAUAGAAAAACAGAAAAACCAAGAAAAACUAAGCAAGGAUUGUAAAAAGAGUACUGGAUACCAGAAGCCAAGGCCAGACAUCUCCGCAGAACAUGACAUGAUGUGACAAUGUGUGCCUGUCUGUUUGUAUGUAUGUGUCUGUGUGCCUGUCUGUGUGUCGGUCUGUAUGUAUGUGUCUGUGUGUGUCUGUCUGUAUGUAUAUAUGUGUGCCUUUCUGUUUGUAUGUAUGUGUCUGUGUGUAUGUGUCUCUAUGUAUGUGUGUGUGUGUGUGUGUAUCUGUCCGGGGGGGUAAUAAGGAGGGGGAGGGGCCCACGGAGCAUUUUCGCACCGGGGCCCCAUGGUUUGUGUGUACGCCACUGAUAAUGAGUAUAUUUAGCAUAAUAUAUUACAUUAAAAAAAAAAGGUUUUUUUUUUUUUUUUACUGUUUACUAUCUAAAUUUUCAUGUCAUACUGAAUUAAUUUUAUUUAUUUUAUUUUAUUUUUUCAGUUGUACUGUGGUGGUAGAAAGAAAAACUGUGAAUUUGGCAUUAUGGGAUACAGUUGGGCAAGAAGAAUAUGACAGACUGAGGCCACUUGCAUACCCACACACUGUAGGUUCAGCAAAAACAAUGAGCACUGAAUGGUCACAGUAUUGCAGUUAUAUAAUAUAUGCAUUUUUCCAUGGGUCAGUGAUGGGUCAUGGGUGACUGAUAAGUAAGCUGGAAGUCUCCAGCAUGAUCCAAGACAUAUGCAUUGUCACCUUCUUGGCAUAUGCUUUACCAAACCCAAAAACCUCCCAAGGAUACUCCGAAACCUUAUUUUGGGAAAAUUAUCACAACUUUAUUAAUGGAAAAUACAUUUUCAAGGUUAUUGCCAACAUACUUAAACCUUACAUAUUAACCUCAAAUCCUUUAACAAUUCUACCCCAGACAAUGACCCACAUCAACAAUAAUUGAUACCACUUUAUAACAUAUAAAACAUAAAUCAUUGGCACUGAGGGCGUGAUUUUGCAUGGGUCACCAUGUAGGGGUAUACACACCAGGUUCAGAGCUACCAACAAGCUCAAACCUACCAAUACCUUAACUAACAUCUUACAUCUGGACAAACGACCUACACUCUAACUUGUCUAUUUAUCCCCCACCGCCCUGACCAAACGGGAGUUAAAAACAAAAAGGGAGGGAAGGUGGGACAACAACAGGUAAGUGAGGAUUAAAUUAAGAUGGUCCCUGAUCUAAAAUGGCCACAAUUUAUAUUCCUAUAGCCAAAACCCCACCCCAAUUUCUCUAGCCAAUUUCCCACACUACACCCCUUCUAUGCUUUAAUGUUAUAAUGUCACCUCACGAUAAAUAGAGCAGCAACAUUAUUUCUCUGUAUAUAAUAUCUGUCUGAGAUCCAUGGAAAUCCACAGCAACUUGGAGACAGAAAACCUUAAAGGGACACUAUAGUCACCCAGACCACUUCAGCUCAAUGAAGUGGUCUGGGUGCAAUGUCCCUCAAGUUUUAACCCUGCAGAUGCAAACACAGCAGUUUACAUUGCAUGGUCAAGCCAGCCUUUAGUGGCUGUCUUCCGGACAGCCACUAGAGGCGCAUCUGUGACGCUGCAGGCAUAUUAUGCCUCCAUCGCGCAGAGCGUCCAUAGGAAAGCAUUGGAUCCGCUGACGUCAGCAGAGGGAGCUGACGUCGGCAGAGGGAGCUGACUUCAGCGGCGGAGGAGAGGUCACCAGCGCCGAGGGAGCCCGGCGCUGGAAUAAGGUAAGUGGCUGAAUAGGAGGGUGAGGGUGAGGGUCCCCCAAGGAUGACAUAGUGUCAUGAAAACAGGUUUGUUUUCCUGACACUAUAGUGAUCCUUUAACCUUAAUUCCCUUUUAAUCCAAACCCCAAUAGUAAUCUUAAAAUACCUCAUUCUGAACACUCCCUCCCCCAUUCCCUAAAACCUCUACUGCUAAGCUUUCCAUAGCCCCACACCCCCACCACACAUAUACACACAACUUAACUUUGACCUUAGUUAAAAUGUUAAAACCACCGUAAAGACAUUGGUGGAGAUUUAUUAAAGUGUUCUUUUGUAAAAAGUGGUGAAAAAUGUUUCCACUUGUUUCCUUUGUGAUUGCCCCACCUUUAGUAGUUUAGAUCCCUUUUUAGGACAGAACAUUUUGAUAAUAUUUCUCUUUGUGCUCUUUUGAACACAGUGCAAUUUCAGUAUCAUAAAACUCUACUUUCUGUACUUUGUAAAAAAUACAUUCUUGUUUCCGUUUAAAUUAAGGUGCAAUAAACUUUCACGAAGGGAGACUCAUGACAGCUAACAUUUUAAAAUUAUUUUUUAGGAUGUUUUCUUAAUCUGUUUUUCGUUGGUAUAUCCAGCUUCAUAUGAAAAUGUUCAAGAAAAGGUCAGUAAUUAUGAGUAUUAUUAUGUAUUAAAAUGUUUGCUCUUUCUACCAAAUAUUCUUUCCGUACGGUUUACAUUGCCUUAGCCUAUUACUGGCUAGUAUUCGAUCACUUCUACAUCUUGUCAGUUUAGCAUAUUCAGUGUGUAAAGAAAAGCCUUGAAUUUAAAUAAAAAUUUAAAUCAUAAUGUAUUCUGCCUUAUGAUUAAAAAUAGUUUUAGGGUAGCUGUCUUAAUACAAUCAAUCAGAUGCUGUUGUGAGUAGCAUGUCUUUUAUUUAAUUUAAUUUAUACAGUACUUUAUGGUUAAUUCUGAUCAUGUCAGUUUCACUGAAUAUUUCAUAUGGGAAACAGUGGUAAUAUGUUUCUUUGGGGGGAGAGGGGGUUGUAUUUUUUUUUAUAUAAUUCUUUAUCUAAAUUUUAAAUUCUCCUAAAGGACAAAGGAAAUAGAUAACAGGAUCAUAUAAACCAUACAUGGUACAAAGUACAAACUAAAAGAGCAAUCACUUCCAGGGUAAUUUACUUAAGUGAGAAUUCCAUUUACUCAAAGUGAAUUUUACAUUUAAGGCUAGAGAAGCAAAAAAAAAAAACAAAAAAAAACACGACUGACAAAUUAGUUUUAAAAAGUCUAGUUUGGCUAUUUUGAAGUUACAUUUGCAAUUUACUUUGAAUUCUCAAUUGAUUGAAUAAGCCUGCAAGAUAUAAUAGAAAUGUGGAAGAAUGGGUCUGUGAUGUUGAGGAUCAAGUGAGAUUUAACCUGCAGUGAGUAAUCUAGACAAUCUGCUCAGCUAUGUCAGCAUAUCAUUGCUAAGGUAAUGUGAAAAGAACAAAGCAAGGGAGGCAAAGAGCCUGAAUAUAGGUAGAUAUGGUGGUCUAGGGAGUUGUGCAAGGAGGAGAAAGGAUGAAGAGAGGCAUAGAAAGAGCAAUCAGGAAAAGAGAGAAAUAAAGAUACAUUUAAAAAGGGGGUAAGGUUACUAGAAAGCACAUGUAACUAAUACAGCCUAUAGUGCAGGCUUCCCCAAACUCCGGCCCUCCAGAUGUUGCUGAUCUACAACUCCUAUGACUCUAUGAAUGAAAUAGGCUGAGAAUCAUGGGAGUUGUAGUUCAGCAACAUCUGGAGGGCCAGAGUUUGGGGAAGCCUGCUAUUGUGGAACACCUUGCAGAUAUUAGGAAGGCACGAGGGUACCAAUAGCUGUAGGUCAAAGACUUUGCAAAAAUACUUGGUUGAGUUAUGUAUAACGGCUGGAACCAAUUUAACAAUGGUCAGAAAUAAGUGAUGUAACUUAACACAUCUCAUUAAAAACAUAUUUACAAUGUAAAACAUUGAAGUUUUGGAAAAACUGUAUCACUCGUAUGAAUGUAUUGAUUUAAUCCUAUGGGGAAUAUAGAUGCGCGUGCAGCACACGCACAUCUAUCUUCCCCAUAAGAUGAAAUCAAUGCUUUCCUAUGGGGGAUACAGUUUUUCCAAAAUUUCAGUGUAUGCACAACAGGUCUGUUUGAGUAGCACUUAUCAUAAAAUAUCAAUGGAAACGGAUUAAUAGGUCAGAUCUCUGAAGCUGAAUUCCAAAAUAGGGAGAUAUUAUGGGAAAAACUCCCUGAAAUAGAGAAUGAGAAAAUUGAGGUUAAUGGCUGAGAAAAGGAAGAGCAUCUGAGAGAAAGAGAUAUAAAGCAAAGAGACACAGUGAGAAUGUAGCAAGAAGAAAAACUAAACUAGAGGUAAAAAGAGUGAAGCCAAGUGGGUUUACUAGAUUGGAAAAAACACAGAGACAGGAGACAGACAUGGACGACUGGGUUGUGAAUUGCAGAAUGAUGAGAAUGUAUUCAAAUGGGUGGAAAUUGGGAGAAAAAGAAGAUGAAUAAAUUGUAUAAGUUUUAAAGGAACACUCCAAGACCAUAACGACUUCAGAGUGCUAUAGUGGUUAUGGUGCAAGGAGUGCCCUGGCACCAACCCAGCGUGAGUAGUAAAAGCACUGGCAAAUUGUUUGACAACUUACUUGGUGUUCUCCAGUCACAUUCUUCACAGUCUUCAGUAGAGUAGGAAGCUAUUAGUUUAAACCCUGUACUGCAUGGACAGCUUAUUGGCUGAGAACAAAUGGUUAAACUACUAACAAUGGGAAGGAGCCAGUGCACUCCUGAGACCAUAAUCAUCACAGCAUGCUGUAGUGGUUAUGGUGCUUGGAGUCUUCAUUCUUGACAUGCCUCAUUUUCCCCUUUUCUUUCAGUGGUUUCCAGAAGUGAAAACCCAUUGUCCUCAUACGCCUAUUAUUCUAGUAGGAACCAAACUUGAUCUUCGUGAUGACAAGAAGACCAUUGAAAAGCUUAAAAAAGAAAACAAGUCCCCUAUCUCUUUCCGACAAGGGUUGACACUAGCCAAGAAAAUUGGUGAGUAGUAGAGAAAUGGCUGAAAGAGAAAAAUAUGACAUUAAUUAACCAAGGGGAAAUCAUUAAGGGAACAUAUUCACAACAGUAACAUAUUGCAGAUUGCAUUCAUAGACCUGAAAGUGUCCAUACACUUCCAAUAUUUCCCACAACAUUCACACACUGCAUAUUGCACUCACACAUACCACAUUCACAAACUACAUUCACAAACAACAAAGAGCAGUCAUAGGCUGCAAAGGCUCACACACAUAUGGAGAAAUAUACUUGUCUACGCAUAUGUAUUCAUAAGACUGACAAAGGUCUUAAUUUAAUAAGCUCUCCAAGCUAUCCACUACUGUUAGGAAAAGUGUCAAAAUGAUCUACAAAAAAAAAAACCCAUAUAGUGUAAGUGUCUUCUGUAGCUAAAUCAGUGUGCAUUCAAUUUGUAUUUUACAUAUUUGGCCUCAGUAUGAUUUUUCUAUGAAGAUAUUACACAGUUGCUUGUAAACAUUUAUGUCAUACUGAGAGUUGUUUUCCAAGAUUUUCAACACAAGGCUUCACAAUAAUUGUACAGUACAAUGUGACUUUUUUGAAAAUCACAAUUAGAUGGGUCUCCCUGAGUCUAACACUCAGUGGUGGGGUGUGGGUAUUACAGACCAGCAGGAACUCAGAUUGAAAAGUCAAUUGACAGGUUCAGAUCAAUGAUAAAGGUUCACCAAUAUCAGUAGAUGAUUUAAGAAUGGAUGAAGAUUAGAUUAAUAUUAACUGAUCGAGUGAUGGUAACAUUUGGAUCAAACACAAUAAUGAAAAAAUGGCCAUUAAAUAUAUAUUUUAAUGUACAUGGGUCCAGAUUUCUACUAAGACAAAAUGGAAGGAUCCAUUCUGGGCGAGUGUCAUUGGGGAGUUUCUGAUUUUAUUUCUCUGUUUGUUGUUAGGGUAGAGCCAAUUUAAGUUAAGAUGUCCAAGAACCAAGAGUUGAUUCUGUUUAUCUUAAGUGACAAUUGACUUUUUAAGAGAUUUACUUUUAGAAGUAUCGGUAGAUGGGCAGAAAUUAGAAAAAGGGAAGCUCUAUGUUAGCAGUAAGGAAGUCAAAGCUGGAGGGUAUACAAUAAUAGUUAAUAUGGGAAAAGUUUGCUGAUGUUUUCAAAUACAUUGCAGAUUGCAGUGCCUCCAAUUUUCUUUCCUAUAUCUUUUCUGAUGCAUCAUUACCUAGGACUGCCAGGUUUUUAAAUCCACAUUUUUAGGAGGUGUACUCAAUUGUUAUCCUAAACUAAAGAAAGUCCUUUGGUAUAGCACAAAGUGCUAAUUCUAAAAUAUUGUGAAAUGAAUAGGAAUUUUGACUUUUUUUGUUUUAUUUUGUCUAAAAAGAAUGCCCUAGUGCCCCCAUUGUAAGUGUUCAAAUGGUUUUAGAAUGAUUUGACAUCCUACCUGGGUUACACCAGAUGUCACUCCUGUCUCCACAAUAUUUACAGAAGCGCAUGAAGCUCUCUCUCUCUGAGCUACACCUGGCAGUGUAGGGCUUAGCUCCUUGGCUGAGAGCGAUCAGCUGACACUCUCUGCUGAAAAGCCAGCCUUGCGCUGCUAUCAGAGGUUUCAAAACAGGAGCUUCCGGUUCUCCUGGCUGCUGAGAGGACAUAGGAAGUGGCCCCCAAUGAAUCCUAGGUAUGAAGUCAAACUAUUCUUAAAUGGUUUUACUAUUUUACAAUGAAGGAGCACCACUACAAUUCACUGUAGUGGUUAUGGUGUAUAGAAUGUUCCUUUAAUUGUUAGACACAAUCGGGCUGUAAAAAUUAUAUUGCAUAUUCACACAAUUUCUCUAAUUUUCAUCUUAUUCUGUCCCCAGAAGCUGUGAAAUAUGUAGAGUGCUCUGCUCUCACACAGAAAGGACUAAAAACGGUCUUUGAUGAAGCAAUCCGAGCUGUCUUUCUUCAACUGCCUUCCAAGCACACACAAAAAAAGUGUGUUCUGCUGUAA